UUGGGGAUGUGUUCAGACUUUUGAAUUUUUUAUUGGGUUUCGGUGGAAGAAAAUGACGAGGGUCUACAAGGAAGAAUUUAGGAAUUCUAUGGUGGAAAUUGCGUCUCGAGUGAUACACGUUGCUUCACCAUAUGAUCGAGUCAGAAUAGUUGAAUGGUGUAGAAGACUCGCUGGUAUCUCCAGUGACAAUAUAAAUGACGCGAAAAAACGAAAUGAUUACAUCCAGCUGCUGAAGAUAAUGGUCCGCGGAGGACGAUUGCAUGGAAUUUUCCGACAAUCGUUACCCGGGGAGAAAAUUCCCCCUCUCGGCGAGGCAAUCGGGAUCAAUCUCAUUGAGGAAGUUUCCAAGGAUCUACCGAGACCUGGGCCGAUUGCUCCCGUUAUCUCCAAGAAAACUCCAGACGGCUCGGCUUAUAUCGCAAUUAAUAAAAUUCAAGACAAAGGAUUUUUGUGUUACAUGGCUGUUACUCCGGAUGGAAUUGGCGAUUUUCCGCAGAUCAAUGGCGAGUCAUUAGAGGCAAAUCAAUUAAUGGACUGA